AUGAAGGCAGCAUUGUUGAUUACCCUGGCGAUAUGGUGCUUCGUCGCACAUUGCGAAGCUCUCCAAAGAAUCCAACUCCACAAAAUGACAAGUGUACGAAAAAACCUAUUAGAAUCUGGAUCCAGUAACAUUACUCGAAAAAUGGUUGUUGAACUUCAACAAAAGUAUAAAGGACCCACCCCAGAGCCACUUUCUAAUUAUCUUGACGCUCAAUAUUAUGGUGUUAUUAGCAUUGGAACUCCACCUCAAAAAUUUAAAGUUGUCUUUGAUACUGGAUCAUCCAACUUGUGGGUGCCAUCAAAGAAAUGUGAAAUCAAAGAUAUUGCAUGUUUGUUACACAACAAGUACAACAGUGACAAAUCCUCUACAUACAAGGCCAAUGGAACUGAAUUUCACAUCCAAUAUGGUUCUGGCAGCUUGGAUGGAUUUCUCAGCACCGAUGUAGUUGCUAUCGGCUCCGCUGUUGUGAAAGGACAGACAUUUGCUGAGGCCACCAAUCAACCUGGUCUAGUCUUUGUUGCUGCUAAAUUUGAUGGUAUCCUUGGCAUGGGUUAUGACACCAUUUCUGUUGAUAAAGUAAAGCCUGUUUUCUAUUCAAUGAUCAGUCAGAAAGUUGUUGAUAAAUCUGUCUUCUCCUUCUAUCUUAACCGUGAUCCAAAUGGUAAAGAAGGUGGUGAGUUGAUCCUUGGUGGUUCUGACCCAAAACAUUAUAGUGGAAACUUCACUUACGUGGCUGUGACAAGGAAAGGUUAUUGGCAAUUCAAGAUGGACAAAGUCAGUGUAGGUAGCCUAGUUUUGUGUCAAAAUGGUUGUCAGGCCAUCGCUGAUACUGGAACCUCUUUGAUUGCUGGACCUACUAAAGAAAUAAAGAUGCUCAAUGAGGCCAUUGGAGCUCACCUCAUUCCUGGAGGAGAGUAUAUUGUUGAUUGUAAUGACAUUCCAAAGAUGCCAAAUGUGGACUUUAUGUUGGGUGGAAAAACCUUUACUUUGAAACCUAGUGACUAUGUCCUUACAGUUAACAGCAUGAACAAAACUGUCUGUAUGAGUGGAUUCAUGGGAAUUGAUAUUCCUGAACCAGCUGGUCCUCUGUGGAUCCUGGGGGAUGUCUUUCUUGGACCAAACUAUACUGAAUUUGAUUUGGGAAAUAACCGGGUGGGAUUUGCUACAACCAGAUCCUAA